CUAACCUUGUUAUCAUUUUCAUCUCCCUUUUGCUUUGAAGGUAAUAAUGGGCAGGAGAAUCAAGAUUCCUGUGAACUGUUCCAAGUGAUCAGUGCUAAAGAAAGAAUGGAGAAGUUUGGAAUUCAAAUGGAAUUAGAAAGCCAUGAGAGAAACCAGUCAAAGAAUUGGAAUCAGGAAAGCUCAUCUUCCAGUGAAGCUCCAAUGCAAGACUUUCUUGCACAACAAGAGAAAAUAAGGAAAAAAUAUACUGGAAAAAGUGUGAACCUAAUCAAAGCUGAAGUACAAGUAAAUGAACAAUAUUUAACCCAAAACAAAGGAGAAGGUGCUAUAGGAAGACACAAUGGAGAGAAUUACAAUGGGACUUUAAUUCUUUCUCUUGGAAAUAACUUCCUUACAUCUCAAAAAGUGAUUGACACAAAAGAGAAGCUUUAUAGAUGUUUGGAUUGUGGAAAAUGUUUUAGAACAAGCAGGCAACUUACUAUCCAUAAAACGAUCCACACAGGGGAGAAACCAUAUGAAUGCAUAGAGUGUGGAAAGACCUUUGCUCAUAGCAGUACACUUACUUAUCAUAAAAGGAUCCACACAGGA